AUGAUUGGCAGCUAUAAAUUGGUUAUCAAGUUACAAACUGUUCCUGGAGGAGUUCUCUGUAUUUCGUUUGUUGUAUGGCUGACUUCCAUUCUUGGCCUUCUUCAAAUCUAUCAUGACAGUGAUAGACUUAACUUCAACUGCGAUCCCAAACCCAGUGAUUUUAUCAGGCAACUUUGCUACAACAACUAUAUUUCUGCAAUAACCAAGCCUCAUGGGUUAAUACCUCGGGAUGUUGUUGGCAUAACACUCUUAAUUGUGUGUGGAGUCUACAUCAUCUUUGCAAUUUAUGGCGAUGUGACCCUUCGAAAAAGACCAGGAUACAGGAACGAAAACACAAAUACAUUUCUUUGCAUCUACUUCAUCCAAGUAGGCUUUCGAAUGUUGUUCCUGGUUUUUAUGUCAAGGCUGGUCUACAGUUACGAGAAAAUUGUUUUGCCAGACUUUUUCGAAUGUGAUGUUUAUCAGACCAACAGUCAAACCACGCCAAGUCCACUCAACCAAACAAAAAUAACAUUGACAUGUCAUGAUCUUCAUCACGAGGAGAAAUCAAAGAUAAAUAAAGCUUUUAUAGUUGGCAAUGUCUUAUGUAUGGUGUGUAGCAUAUUUGAAGUCCUGCACUUGUGGUGUAAAAGGGAAACAUGUCUGCAGUAUUUGAUUGGAGACCUUGAAGGCUUUAGGGCUGAUGACUCACCGCAAAGUAAGUAAAUACUGUAAAGUAGAACUGCUAGCAAUUACCAAAGCCAAAACACUGGUGCAGAAUUGUUAGUCAGCGAAAUAAUUAUUUCAAUAAAAAGAAGUUUGGCAUGAACAUGUAGAAGACAACCCACAAAAAUUUAUAUGGGGGAGGGGAAAGGAGUGCUGUUUGUUAGUAGAUUACACUUCAUAAUUCUAAAGAGAGUCUCAUCGGUACUGUUUGGUUCACAUGAUCAAAUUCAUUACUGAAAUCAGAAAUGUGGGGUCUGAUCUUUUAUUGCUAAGAGGGUCACAAUUAUGCACCCAAAAAAUUUACUUGUUUCUUUAAUACUGGUUCGACUCUCCACUAACUUUCCGUAUACCAUAAUUGACACCUUUUUACUCACUCGUGGGUGACGGGUUUUGGUGGUCACUUAAUUUUGGGGCGGGAACGAAUCAACCAUUGAGUUGGGUCAGAACAGCUCAAACUGGGAAUUACGGUCAAGUCGCCGAUUGAACUCGCCAACGCCAACUCGCCGACGUAUAAAAUCGAGUAGAAACGUCUGCGAGUUGGUCUU